CAAAUAAAAUAAUUUUGAGGUUAGUUACUUUACGUUAAGUCUAUGUGGAGUGAUGAUAAUUUCGUUCUAUUUUAUACGUCUAACUUAAAAAUCUUUUACCAAAAUAAUGUCAACAUUUGAAAAUUUAUCACCAACACAGAAACUUCGCGUUUCCCUUUAUCGCGACAUCCGGUCCAUUUGCACUGAAAUAUGUCAUCUAAUGGGAUUGGAUAUUACCAAACCAGCAAUGGAAAUUAUAUCAGAACUUGUCUUCAAAAAAAUAUCGAUGUAUGGUACCGACUUGGAAGCAUUCGCAAAGCAUGCAAAGCGAACAGUAAUAAACGCUGAAGACGUCAAGUUGCUGGUUAGGAGGAACCCAUCAUUGAGAAGCCACUUAAACUCUAACCUGCCAGCACCAAAAGAAAAAAGGCGCAAAACUGGUACUCCCGGCAGUAAACCAGAGACACCAGUGGCAAAGACUGCAGAAGUUCUAAAGAUAGGGUCAAAUGUUAUUGGGUCAAAAGAAACUACAGGGCAAAAAAGAACUAGUGCGCCCAAAAUCGACGACGACUUCGAACAUAUGGAUAUUAGUGAUGCAAUCGAUUUGACAAUUGAUUAAAGUUAAGAUUAAUUAUA